AUGGCCCACAAUCGGAUCCAUGUCGCAUGCCUCGACGCCGAUGUUCCAUGUCACUCCGUGUACGUGCAAAGGGGUCUAUUUAGCUCUCAAUUUCGAGUUCUUCUCCAAGCGGCUGCCGAGCGAAUGAACAAGGAUGUCACACUUCCUUUACGAUAUGGUCCGAUUCAGCUGCACGUUUCGGGAUACGACGCUGUUGGAAGAUCGCUGCCACCCCUCGAGUGUCUUCGUACCGAAGUACGUUCCUCUACAGAGCCAUCAAACGGGCCUUUUUGCCCUAUCGAUGCUAUUUUGAUCAGCGGCUCAACUUUUUCCGCCUAUGAUCCGCCUACCUGGAUCCAUGAGCUCCAAUCAUUUAUCCAGACUGUCUUCACGCAAUAUCCUCUGGUGAAGAUCUUCGGUUCCUGUUUCGGGCAUGAAAUCAUUGCCCAAGCUCUACUGUCUACAGCCACGCGCGAUGUCCCCGUCAGCAACACGUUUAGCGCGCAGUCUGCGUCGACUGGAUUUGAGACGGGAAUCCAGCCCAUCAAACUCGAGUCUGGGUUCGCGAAGAACUUCCCUCCUUUGGCGCGGGUCGCAGCCAAGGGCCCCUUUCGCAUUCAGCUUUUGCACAUGGACCAGGUGCUUCUCACGCCUCAAGCUCAACUUGCCGCUGCAUCUGCAGAUCAGCAAGCGGCGAGCUUACCGGCACCAUGGAUGAAUAUUGGCAGCAGUGCAGACUGUGCGAUUCAAGGGCUGUACUACCCGGGUCGAAUCUUGACGUAUCAGGGACACUUUGAAUUCGACACCUUUGUGAAUGGCGAAUAUGCGGUGGAAUUCGGUCGACGUUUGGACUGGCCUGCCGAGCAGGUUGCUCAAUAUGCCGAGCAGAUCAACGUGGCACGGGCGCCAGGGCGAGAGGACGAGGAUGACUCCAAGGCCGCUGCAGAAGCAGUUGUGUUCUUCUUCGCUGGCGAAACUCCCAUGGCAUAA